GCGCUUUUUUCUUCGUGUCAAAGUUCAAAAGUGAACUUCUAUUAUUUUCUUCUCCCCCUCUCUCUCUCUCUCUCUCCCCACAUCAUCCUCGGGUUAGAAGUGUGGUUUAUAAGUAAUUUAAAGAAAUUUACGAUGUCAGAGAGUCUUACAGAACCACAGACAAAUCAGAGUGUUGAAAACAAUGAAAACACCACAUCAAGUAGCACGAGUACCAGUGAAUACAUCAAAAUAAGAGUCACGGCGCAGGAUACAAAUGAAGUACACUUUAAAGUAAAACUGACAACUCCGAUGAAGAAACUGAAAGAAUCCUAUUGCUCUCGUGUUGGAGUACCACUUUCAUCAUUAAGAUUUCUCUUUGAUGGUAAUCGAAUUGAUGAUAAUCAAACACCAAAACAGCUUGAGAUGGAAGAAGAUGAUGUCAUAGAAGUUUACCAAGAACAGACAGGUGGUAACCAUUCAGGAUAAUGGACCGAAGAACUUAACAUGAUUAGACUUGAAACCAACUUGAAAACACCUCAGUUUCUUUUCGCACUACUUUCAUUAACAUUUGGCUUAGACAAUAAAUUUUUUAACGUUUGUAGUAACAGAAAUGUGCUGAUAAGAAAAUGAGGUGAUCCUACUGAUGAUGCAGAGGACCAAUGCCUGAAUUUAAAUGUUGAAAAACAGAUGCCUACUGGAUAAUUAUUUGAUGGUAAAGUAUACUGCCAAAGUUUUGCAAGCCUAUAUGUAUUAUGUAGGAUUUUGAUUGUAUACUUGUAUAAAAUAUAUAUAUGGUAACCUAAUAUAAUUUUUAAAGUAUAUGAUUGAAUGCUUACAUAACUUUUAAGAAUAAUCCUUCUUGCUAUAAUAAAAUAUUUAUUUAAUCAGGUAGUUUUUAGCCAAGAAUUGGUCCCCGUAUCUGCCUAUCAUGAUCUUUUUAAAAUGAAGUAAGAAUUUACAGCCAAUAACUUUCCAUCAUUUAAAAAAGUGAAUUUUCUUUUUGGAUUUUUACCUUGACAUGGCCUAUUAGUGUAACCAGAUUUUUAUAUGAUGUCUGCCAAGUUUGGGGUACCAAAGAAUAGAAAAAAUAAUUGUUAUAUGUAUUACCAUCAUCACCAUUUCCACAAAUUAUUACUAAAGAGUAUAGAACUACAAGAGGGCUGACUCAGUGUUUUGCUGGAACGCAAUCCUAUCUAAAAAAAGUACUGUCACGAACUAGGGGGGCAUCCUUCAAAAGAAUGUGAAAGGGGUUCGCAAACAUCUUGCGGUAGUACUUUUUCUGAACGUUUCAUUGCAUGCAUACAAAAUCAGGGCAGUUGGACCUAUUGCAAUUGUAUACUCAUUGGUAUUACUAUCAUAAUUAUUAUCCUUAUUAUAGUAAUGAUGUUCUGUUUCAAAAAGGAAAUGAGCAAUUUCUAAAUAACAGUAUUCAUAGUUAGGAUUGUAUUUUGAUCAGCAAAAGAAAUGGAAAGACAAACCCUAUUAUGAAAUCCAGUUGUUAGAUUUUCAUUUUAUAUAAUGUGUUACUUGGCAACCAAAAUGUAAAUAUGAUUGUAAUAUCACUCAUGAAUUGUUACCAUAGUUGAGCUGUUGCAUUAUACAUCUUGCUUAAGUUUAUGGGGUAAGGGUCAGUGAAUCAAUAGGACUGUAUUGUUUAUAUGAUGAUGAUUACAGGCAAUUUUUUCAUCUUUUUCCAAGAUACCUGUAUUAUGAAAAAUACCGAUACUGUAUCUAUUAAAAUGUUGUUUUCUAAAUA